UACCUACCACUUUCUUGCUUGCUCUCAUAUAAAACGGUUACUGAUAUUAGAGUCUCUUUCCAAGCAGAAUUUCCUUCUUCAAUCCGAUAGAGAAAAGGGCAGCAAGGGUAAUAUUUUAUUUGUAUUGUUCACAUCCUCUUAAGUGGCCACCGAUGAGGACUUGUGGAAAUUUUCAUUGACUUCGAAGUCUUUGAUUUCUGUGGCAUGGAUGCCUCACGUUCAAUUUACUCUCUCUUUCGAUGACAAUGAAAACCCGGGUCCAUGAAUUACACGGCUAACCUCAUGGACAGGUCUAUGUGCAGGGAGUUUUACUCAUUUGAAUUUUAAUCUUUUGUCCCUUAAUUUGGUUCACUUCCAUUCAGUUUCUCAGGAGCAUCAUGGAUGAUAAUGUGGAGGAGAAACUUUCAGAAACAAGCAAUCUGAAGGGGAGAAUUUGGAGUGAGACCAAGCUUGUGUGGAAAAUCAUUCUUCCAUCUGUGUUGGCUAGAGUAUCCGCGUACGGAAUUCCGGUCGUGACACAGAUAUACAUUGGGCACAUUAGCGAACUAGAUCUUGCCGCUUAUGGAUUGAUACAGAGUGUUCUCUUGUUGUUUGUGAAUGGGGUUCUGCUGGGAAUGUCAAGUGCAACUGAAACAUUAUGUGGGCAAGCAUUUGGAGCCGGCCAAUACCAUAUGCUGGGUAUUUACUUACAAAGAUCGUGGAUCGUGGAUGUUGUGACGGCAACGAUACUCCUCCCUGCGUUUAUAUUUGCGACUCCGCUCUUCCGGUUGCUUGGUGAGGACGAAGACGUGGCAGUUGCAGCCGGAGAGAUCUCUCUUUGGUUCAUCCCUUUCAUCUACUACUUUGUUUUCUCGCUGACCAUGCAAAUGUAUUUACAAGCACAACUGAAAAACUCAAUAGUUGGAUGGCUGUGUUCUGGCUCUUUUGUCCUUCAUUUGUUACUCUCCUGGAUCAUGGUUAGCGUACUCGACUUGGGAGUUCCCGGUGCCAUGAUUGCAUUGAACAUAUCUGGUUGGUCUACGGUAAUUGGAGGAUUCAUCUACAUUUUUGGAGGGUGGUGUCCUCAGACAUGGAAAGGAUUCACCAAAGCUGCCUUUGUUGAUCUCAUUCCUGUCAUAAAGCUGUCAAUUUCUUCCGGCGUGAUGCUUUGCUUGGAGCUGUGGUACAGUGCUAUCCUUGUGUUAUUGGCGGGAUAUAUGCAAAAUGCGACCGUGGCAAUAUCUGCAUUCUCGCUCUGCGUCAGCAUCAAUUCUUGGGAAUUCAUGAUCUGCCUCGGGUUCCUUACAGCGUCAUGUGUGCGUGUAUCCAAUGAACUAGGGAGAGGAAACGCCAAAGCGGCAAUAUUCUCUGUCAAGGUCAUCGUCUCCAAUUCUUUAGCUAUUGGAAUAGUGUUCUGGGCACUAUUUUUAGCCUUCGGACAUGAGAUUUCACAGCUUUUCACAAGUAACGAAGAAGUUGCCGAAGCUAUGUCCAGUCUCUCUGUUCUCCUUGCGUUCUCCUUCUUGCUCAACAGUGUACAGCCAGUACUGAUAGGUGUUGCCGUCGGUGCUGGUUUACAGAGUGUGGUUGCGAUUGUAAACGUCUGCUGCUAUUAUGUGGUUGGCUUACCCAUUGGAGUAUUACUUGGAUAUGUGGCUGAUCUGGGAAUUAAGGGCCUGUGGGUUGGAUUGCUUUGUGGAGUGCUAGCACAGACAUUGGUGCUUUCUUUCCUCACUUGGCGAACAAAUUGGGAAGAACAGGUCAGGAAGGCAUCUAAACGUCUUGAUCAGUGGCUUUUGGAACCAGAGGAACCUACUGAGAGUAUUAGUCAUGCUUGAAAUCAUCCUCCGUAACAUGAUGCAGAGAGGGGGGAACGACUACUUUAGAAGCAUCUUCUUUCCUUUUUCUUUUCCUUUAUUCCGGUUUUGGGUAGGUUCACUUUCAAGUAAUCGGCAUGGCAAGUUUUUGUCAGCUAUUUUCGCGGUGCCAUGGAUCUAAAGCAUUUAUUCUUUGUUAAAAUCAGGUGAAUUUGGCUUCACGCUAACGAAAUUUUUGGUACCCAAUUUGGAAGUAAAUUUCACUGUUAUUUACAGCAUUCA